GCAGCAGGCUGCAUAAAGGAGUGGUAGGCAAGCAAAUUGUUAGACUCGUUGCAGGAAUCUGGUUAUAUAAUUUUGCAAAUGAGUGCAGUGUGAAUAUGUCCUUUCAUUUGAAUUAGAUCCGUUUAGAAUAAAGGAACCCAUCCUUAACAAUCUGCUUUCAAAAUUCUAGUGAACCACCUUUACGAAAUAAUAAUGUUGCAACUUUCCUGGUCAUGCUAAUCUUGAAUUAUAGUAUAUUAUUUAUUUUUGUUUUAUGAAGAUUUAUUAUUUGAUUCAAAGUUCAUGUUCAGCCCCUGAAAUCAAAUUUUAGCUUGCGUCAUCUCAUCGAAAAUUAAAGAAAAGAAUGCAGAAUGAUAUUUAAAUUGUUUUCUUAGAGAAUUUACAGAUGCUAGAUGCCCUGUUAGAAUUGCCAUUAGCUGUGAGGGCUGUGUGUUCCAAAUCUCACAAACUGUCAGGAACAGUUUUGCAUAUCAAAUAACUAGAGUUUACUGGCUUUCAAACUUUGAAAACCAACGUCAGUUUUUGUCAAAUGUAGAUUUGUAGUAAUUUUCAGAUUAGUCCGAGACAUUUCAAUGUUUAGUGAAUUUAGAGAGAAACAAAAAAUGAUCUUUCUUUUCUAUUCUUUCUGUAGUAGCGUGUGCGAAGUAUGAAUAGGUUAACUGUUGAUAGUGUUGAUAUUUUAGCAUCAAAAUUAUCUAAAAUUUACCAUACUGUUCUGUAAGCAGAAGUAAUGUUUUGCGCCUAAUAUUGCCGGUGAAACAUGUACAGUAAUUAUUAAGUCAAUCCCAAUAAUUUUACCUUUCACGGGAAAGUAGUUUUUUCGACUUGUUGGAAGUUUGCAUUUCUAAUAACUGGUCUGAGCUGGAAUAAUUAUUAAGGACGAUAAUUUUUCGUUCAAUUUGGGAGGUAUUCGACUGACCAGAAAAUUGGGUUUGGGGAAACCUGGGUACCAGAACCACAAGAAGCCGGGGAUACGGUAUAGAGAUCCAUUCGGCGGCGAGGGAAGAAUAUUUCUGACACCAGAUUCAAACUAUUUUUCUGAGACUAAAUUGUGGAGACUCUGGCAAGAGUCUCAAUGGAAUAAAAGCCACCCGAAAGCUUUGACCAUCAUGACAUUAAAAGUCCGUUUAGAUAUCGACAAAUACUUGCAAUUAAAGAGCUAUAAAGACUGUUAUUUUCAAUUAAAUACGUCAAUCUAGCACUUCUUUGGAUCCCUGUAGAAGAAAAGCAUCAUGGGAUCUAUUGGCGCCAUAUUUCAGUUGGCGCGAGCAACGAGUUAGAAAAUAAAGGAAACUCACCAGCAACCAAAGUUAUUCAAAGGUAUUCCUUAUUGUUGUAGAUAUCUAAGGUAAUAAUUCCUUUAUUUCAUUAGAUUUUUGAAGUGGUUCUUAGACAUUGCUUCAUAGUAGAGUAUUAACUGGGUGCUAAAUUCUUUUUCAAGGACAUGAAAUCUGAAGGUAAAUAUGUAACACCUUGCGAAAAAUGACGUUUCCUUGUUUGGCCUAAGUGUUCACAAGUUUCCAGGAUGCAUAUUGCCCCCACGACAACGAAAUAAGGAAUAAUUGGCUGCCUUCUUCCUUUCUGUUUUCACCUACUUUAAAAUUUUGAGCCACGAAAGGGUAUUAAUGAUGGAAAAGAAUUAAUUCAACGCUAUGUAUCAAGAUGCGAAACCGGAAAUGUGAAAUUGAUAAAGCAGUAUACCCGAAUUAAAGUAAGCAAACUUUCGUGAAAUGUUUUGAGCAUUAGGGUCAUUUAAAAUCUACUUUAGACUUCUUGUUCUCAAUGCUCAUUUCGUUUUCAAGACCGAUAAGGAAAAAAUGGCGUUCCCCGAAGAAAAAAGAGUGAAGGUUAACCUUGUCUAUUGCUAAAUUUUCACAUUAUUUUUUGUGUUAUUUGUUCUAUAUUUAAUUUGUUAUUCCAGGUGGCUUGAAAGUUGUUAUAGACUGUAUAUAUUUAAUUAUUCUGUGCAAAGAUGGCUACUCUACAAAUGCAAAGGCCAAAAACAAAAAAUGUAAGUUACAACCUUUGGUUCACCUUGAGACGGGUGUAUUCUCAUUUUAUCAUAUAUCAGUUAAGUUGUACCUCAGAAAGUUAGAAAAUUGCUCUUAUUGGUAUCUUAGCAUGCUCUACAAUAUUUGAUAAACGAGUUUUACUGGCUUUUCGGAAUUACGCUUAAAAAAAGAAACCUAGUAUUAUAAUUACUGGUAUAAACAUUAUUUGGACGAUAUCUCGGUUUUUCCCCACACUGCUCUGAUGUCCAAUUGAACUUUUGACAUACCCUGGGAAGUAAAGAAUUAUUUUUAUAUUCCUUUGUCAGUGAUGUAUCUUAAUAUUAAGAGCUACCCAGGAUUUUCCGAAUUACCCAAGGGUAUCCCAAAUCUCCCUUGUUCCAAAUUACUCUGAUUACCCUACUUGUAUAGCUGAUGAGUAAAUUAGAUAGGUUAUCAAUUCAUGUUAUUUUGCAAUACAGUCAUCACGGAAGAGGAAAUAUUGGGGCUACAUUCUUCCUCACUUUUUGCCUAAAGAAAAAGCAAAAAAAAUGGACCACCUUCAAUUUACAUUUAAAAGCUCUGUCCAAAAGGUUUUGGAUUCUGCAACUCCCCCCCCCCCCUACUCUCCUGGAAAUGCUAGAAACCCCCAGCCCACUUCCGUAUAUAAUAUUUUUUCAGAAUGCAAUAUCUAAUUUCAAUGCAACUUCUUAUUUAUGGCUCAAAAUAAAUUUUCCUCAUUUCUUUUAAGUGGUCUUCUAUUUUUCCAGAAGAGCAGCUUUCUGGUUGGUAACCGUUUUUUUGUCAACUUUCUGCGCAUUGUUUUUAGUAUUCUAAAUAGUAUAGAAGGGUCACAUCGCCCUGAUUGAGUAUACAUAGAUACAAAUUCAAAUUUUUCUAUUUCGCGUAGACUUAGAAAUAAAACUUGGCACUGACAAAAUCCUUUAGGCUCUUCAGAUACAUAUUUCAAAAUAUCAGGUAAUUGGUUCUACAACGUUUUUUUAAAAAAGCUGCGAUACUUCUUAGUUGAUGGCCUAAAUUUCUGGAGCCACCCUGAUGGUUAUGUUUUCCGUAUGUAAAUAUUAGCACACACGAAUGAAAAAUCGUAAAGAAAAUAAGUGAUUAAAAACUUGCAAACACCCUCAAAACAUUCUUGCAUGCCAAUGAAUUUUUUUACCCACCGAUCUGGCGCAUGCAAGAUUGUCACUUUCGCAAAAGUCAAAACAAGGGGAAAUUAGAGGCUUUGACAAAGUGCAAUAUUUUAGCCGAAAAUUGUAUUCAAAAUGUAUCAAAUUUGCUCUAGAGUAUUUUUGUUUAAUUAAAGAUAUUUGACAGUUUGAAUUUACAGGUUUCUUUUUUAGAAUUAAUGCGAAACAACUACCAAACUAAAACAGCCGUUUUAAUGUACCCAAUCAGGGCAAAUUUAGGCCAAGUCAGUCAGCUUUAUUUCACUCCUCUCUGUGGCAAAACAAAUUGAAAGCUGAGUGAUUUAUGCCAAGAUCCUUAAUCCUCAUGCAUGAUUUGUGCCUAAAAUUGCUAGGUUAGCAGCUAUAAUAUGCUCAUCCCUUUAAAAAAUAAUUAUGAAAAAAAGAGUACUGAAAACAUCCUACACAACUACACAUCCUACAAAACAUCCUUUUUGGUCACAGCUUAGCCCCAAUCUCCCAAUUUUUUUCACAAUAGUUGAAGCGAUGUAAAUGUCACGUUUCCAGGUACAUACUCAAUCAGGGUGAUGCGAUGCUAUCUGUGAAUGGUGUAAAUAACAUUGCAAAAAUAUUAUUGCGCACUUAAAGUACUGGUGACUAAAUUGUUACACCUACGUGAUAGUGGCAGCAAUCGAAGGAUUUCUAAGGGAACUUGAACGUCAUGUAGCACUAUGUUUUCAUUCCUUUCGUGCAUUAAAUACAUGGUAUUUUGUCCCUGUUUUCCAGGAAGCAUGCUAUGCGACUAUUGAUUUUGAUAGAGCUUGUAUCAUUUUGGGAGGUUUUCUGAAUGGAUAUAUUUUGUUCCCCGAAAUACAUUGUCAACAUGCUAGCUCCUCUCUUUGAUGAAACGAGCCUAUUUUGGUUUUAAUGUUCUGCAGAACAUUUGGCAGCUAAAGUUCAGCUUUGAUUUUUCAGAGACCCAUUCAAUGCUUUUCGUCAAGAAGCUACUGGCUGUUGCUGUGAGUAUGCGCAAGUUUACAGAAAUUUAAGCUUAUCUAUGCUCUGAAAAAAACCUGACGAUUUGUAGGAACGUCCCAUGGAUAAAUUGUAUGUUUCAAAACAUUUUGCAAUGGUGUUCAGGUAGUUUUAACAUCAGAAAUGACGUUGAAGCUCCAAGAUGUUGUGUUGAACAAGCCAGAGAUGAGAAGUUUUAUUAAACUCUGGUGUUUACUAAUCAACCAACAAACUCGAUACACAACCGUUCAAAACUCAAAUACGAAAACAACUCACCCUUUUGGCUUUGUGCCGCAACCAUAGAUAUUUGAAAAUUGUGUCUCACUUGACAAUCAAAUAUUUAGUUUCUUCAAAAAAAGCGUCUUGUAAGAGAGCAAGAUGAAUCACUUUGAACUAAUCGAUUUUUCAUGUUUUAGGUUUCAAGUGUCACUUAUUUAAGGUAUGAUGAAUGCACGUUAGAAAAUAUUUUAUUGGAAUUCGUUAUCAAUGCAACUUCAUCGUAUUGCACGCUUAGUGUAUUAAACCUUCUAGCAGUGAUAGAAAGUUUCUUAUUGUUGCAAAAAUCAGCAUGGAAUAUUGCGAUGCAUUUUCAGCAUAAAAUUUCUGAUCAUUUUAGGCUUUGAGAUUUAUUUUUAGAAAAUAACUAGGUCUCACCAGAAGUCAACUGAGUUCCUGCUUUACGGAACUACAGAUGUUUGUUUUAAGGUCCUUCAUUUUAUUCAUUCCUGUGUUUUAUUCUUUCUUUUUAGAGCAAUUUUUCCCGAAAAUGCAUUUGGAGAGAGAUCUCUUGAAGGUUACCAUAAUUGUUAAAUUUUCAAGCGUAUUCGUUACAUCCUUUAUAGCUGCUUACUAGAGCUCCUUUAAAAUAAAAGUUUUGAAUCGUUUUGAAACCCGAGAGUGGCAUUGUUUCUGUCGCCGGAAAUAGGAGAGGGGGAUGACAAAAAUACCUGUGAAACGGAGUAAAACUGAGUGAUUCCUAUGAUGGAAAAAAGCACGCACACUCGAAUACUGUAAAGAGAUGAAAAAAUACUUUGAAAAACAUUUGAGUGAAGUGACAAUUGAUGCGAAUGAACAAAGAAGCAGGAUUAAAAAUUCAUGUCUACACGUCAAGUACAAAGGCAUGAAUCAAUUUUCGUUAUCUGAAAACACUUUCCAUUUUGUGCGUUUAUAUUGGUUUUCAAUUAACGAAAGUUAAGAACGCAUAUCUCCAAAAUAGUUAUUUAAAGACUGCAUUUUGUUUAGAUCUCAAAUUAAAGAUUUUGCGGGAAGAUAAUGCUUGUCCUGGGGCAUGUCACGUCAUACAAUGGUAGGCAGUACUUUGAAUUAUGCUAUCGAGCUCAUUUGUAAACUGCUUCUAAUUCAGCUGUAUUUCGUUUUGUCUUAUUUUUGAGUUUCACCAUUGUAAAUAAAUCAUUUAUUUAAAGGAUGAAGGGAUGUUUUGAUGCACUCGACAAGAAAUAUGUAAGUCAAUUUAUCUUUCAUGAUCAACUUAUAACAGCUCAUAGCUAACAAAUUCAUUGACCAUUCAUUGGUUAUUUGCAUUUUUAGAAAUAUCUGCUAUCAUUGCAGCUAUGCAUCGACUUGAUAGAAAAGGAAACACAUCCUGCAGCAAUAAUUCUGAAUACUAUUUUGUUCAUGUUUGAGGCUUUGGGACCAUUGGUAGCUGCAAUUUUGUCAAUGAAUGCAAAUUUUCUAAUACUGCAAAGUUCAUGUGCCCAAUUGGCUGCGCAACGUUCUUCCUGAAAGGAUGCCAGAUUCUUUCAUACCCACUGCUGUUGUUUGGAGAAAUUAAAUUUGUCUAUAAAAAGUGAAUGAUGAUGCAUAAUGGAUCUGUUAACAUCGGUACCAAUUAUUUGUGAUUGUAUUAUUUUCAUCUUUCAGCUGCGAAUGAUUCUGAUUGGGGUAUGUUUCUUGGUUUCAAAUUUUCACUUGAACGGAUACUGUCACAUGCAAUUCUAUCUUUAAUCUGCCUUGUUACUGCAUCUUGUUUCUUAAUAUAUUUAUUCAGAUGGUAUUUAAUCAGCUUCCUAGUUUUUGCCUACCUCUGAUCUUCUUCUUUCUCCGCCAUCGACCGUUCCCUGUACAGCAUUCGAGUUUCGCUCAAACAUUUUCGUCUCCAGCUGGCUACAAAUAUGCUUUUGUGUCUUUUUAAACUCUAAUCAUGUGUUUAGUUUUAUGUCAUUAUCAAAGAGAAUAAAUUAAGGUUUCGAUUUUUGUGCAGCAAAUUUAACUGCAAGGGGUAAGGAUUCUUAAGAUGCCCUAUGCUCCUUUCUUUUACCUGAAUAUUGAAAGAAAUAUAUAAAAAUAAACUGAAAAUUAAGCAAAAACUCUCUUUCUAGAUAUACGAGAAUCCAGAAGAUCCUAACGUGAGUAAAUUUGCUCUCGCAAGAAGAUCUCGAGAAAGUGCCUUAUAGAAAUCUAUGGUCAACGGAAUUGCGCAAUAUGAUUCUUGUCAUGUAUAUAGAAAUACAUAAGUAAUUAGACUAGCUAUGAACAUCAUUUCAUAACUUAAGCAUCAAUCUUGAAUAGCACAUCUUUCACUGCUUUUGCUUUGCUCUUGCCUUAUUUCGCUUUUUUCAUUGUCGUAAAUGAUUUUAGCAAAAAAUCAUUUGAAUAAUCCUUUCAUUUGACAAUUUCUUGUAGACUAUCAUUGAACAAUAUACUUUCAAGGUGACUAUUUGCUAUCGUUUGUUUAUUAAUUCUAUGUCUUAUUGGAUAUUAUUACUUUUUCAGAUAUUUUGUUAUUUUUUAUAUAAAGGCAGCCUGAUAUCUCUUAGCGAAGAAAAUAAUUAGGUUUUACCCUAAAACCGUCCAGUUCUUUGGCACCAAAGCGUACAAAGCUGUCUAUACGAUUCGUCCCUUAUAUAGCAUUGAUUGCAAUACAUUGUUAGAAUAGUUUUCUAAUGUUUUUGUUUUUAAAAUGUUUCAAAAGUAUCUAACAUUAAUUUUUAGUUUUUAUACGAAUUUAAAAGCUGAAAAUAAGCAAGUUAUAUACUGAAUCUCAAAGAAAGUUUUUUCAAUUCAUUAGAUUCUCCCUCCUUUAAAAUUAAGUGAAAAUGCAGUUUGCUGAUCCUAUAAAUUCGAUAUUUUUCUGAAGGGAAACAUUUUUAUUCAUGAUUGAGUUUCAUUAGAUACAUUUUUUGCAUUAAUGCUUAUUUCAACUUUUUGUAGUUCAACUACAAUGAUAAGAAUGGAGUGGACAUUUACAGGAACGAGAAGAAGAUCAUUGGUGCUAGUACAGAAGAGCAAACUAAAAAAGCGACAAUCAGGCUCCUCAGAACAUUGAUUCUUCUCAGUCAGACCCUUUCACCGUUGCCAGAUGACGUCAUGAUGACGAUGAAAUUGUUUUACUACGAUGAAGUGACUCCAUCAGAGUACCAGCCUCCAGGUUUCAAGAAUUGUGCUGCUGAUCCUUUUGCUUUUAAAGAAGAAUCGAUGACCAUAAGGGUUGGAGAAGUUUCUACGGUGAGAAUGGUUUGAAUGAUCUGUUUGAAAAUUUAGUCGAUAUUGCUUGCAAUGAACAUCUAUAGUGUACAGGCUUCUACUUACUUUGCCACAUGAAUAAACCACAGUUGUAAAACUCUCACUGCCUCUAAGAAUGGAAACAAAAACCUCAAACAUGAGCAAAUGUAGAACAUCUGAAAUAUUUCACCUUACUCUUUUCUCAGGCAAAAUAUCGUAAGGGAAAGAUUAAUCAUGUCUUUGUUCUAAGUAGCAACUCUAAACCAGCAGGUGUUUAUAAUGCAAAUGAUUUUCAAUGACUUACGGCUAGUUACUAUUGGGGAAUUCUCAUUCUAAUUUUUUUAUCUGUUCUCUUCAUGUCACCGUCUUCGAAACCGAAGCCUUUCCACCAAAUGACGUUGAAAGUUGGUACAAUUCACCAUCAGCUGAAGUACAAAGAUGGCGAUGAGAUCGAGGGACUGGCCUGUGAUGAGCAACAAACUGGCGAAGAAACUCCAACUGCUAAGAAAAUUGCAGCAAAGAAACCGAGCAUGCUGAAGGCUAUCUCCGAGGAUCAAUUCGAAGAUGUUCCCGACACCUUUGAUCCUGAUUCUAGGAUCGGUCAAGGUUCAGAUGGCGUACCAGAUGACGAGAUGCCAUGCGCCACUGACAGGAUUCCAGAAACAUACGAACCAUCCUCUGGAAAAAAAGGAUUGGACGCGAGAACGGAGGUGUCUAGCCAGGUUGAAGAUGACGCAGAACCAGCAGUGUGCUGUCACUGUGGCGUCAACCAGGAUGAUGGGCUGAUGAUCUUGUGCGGUGUUUGUGAGACUUGGCAGCACGCUGUUUGCUUUGCUAUCCUUGAAUCAGCUGAUGCGCCUGUCAAACACACAUGUGCUACGUGUGCAGAGAAAUUUGACGAUCAUCGGUGCACAGACCCGCGACUAGAGAGGCUGAACAGAAACGAGCUCCAGGCAACAUGCUUAUGGCGAAGGGCAAUGAUAGCAACAUCAGAAAUGACAAGGAUUACUGUUAAUUUGUUGACAAGAAGACUUGGGACCACCAGUACAAUAGCGAGUCAUAUCUUGAAACGUCUGGAAAAGGAAGGCUACGUCAAGACCACAAGCAAAAAUAAAAGAAUUGGGAAGUUUGUCAACAAGGAAAAGAUACUUCGAGACGGAGUGUGCACGUAUUUCCGAACUAGCCAAGACGUGUGCCAGUCUGAUCCAAACAGCCAGGAAAGCAACGACACACCCUCAGCAGAGGGUGUUGAUGCUAUCGUGACGCGUGCAUCAAAAAUGGAGCUUGAAGAGAAAAAACCACAGCACUCCUCCCAGGAUAAGGAGAUGAGUGAGAUUCAGGAUAUAUGCCGUGAAAAGACCAGGAAGAGAGUUAUCUCGACAGUCAACGAGGGAGACGAGUUUGAGAUCAGCGAUAGUCAAGAUGUGAUGGAUGCUCCCAGUGAACUUCGCCCGGCUAAAAGAUCGAAAGCAAGCGCGGCUGUACACUCUCUUUUGGUAUAAGCACCGUUGCCCGCUCCACCUUACCCAGUGCAAGGUCCUGCAGAAGAAAUGAUCAACAGUUACGAGACUUAACAGUUCCAUGUAAUCAUAAUGUUUAACAGUUCCAUUUUUGAUUCCACACUUUACACUAAACGUUGCAUAAAGUUUAGAUUGAAUAAAGAUUGUCUUCUUAUGUGUUUGGUAGACUUUCGAAAGACAGUAAACUUGUGUUUAAAAAAGAAUGUUAGUCUUUUUGUUGUUUAAUUGAUAAUAAGAGGUAAAAUCUAUCAGUAAUAUGUACAUGUUAAUGAUUCAAAGAUGGCUAUUUAGUAAAAUGAAUGUAAAAGUUGCAGUUAGAAUGUUACAUUUAUUGAUUUAUGAACUAAAAGAUGGUUUAUUAGCAAUUCAUAGCUAUUAAACAUAAAUGUUUUACAUGUUUGCAAUCCAGAACAUUUGUAGGAACAAACUCUUGAUUGUCUGUUCAUAUUCUGUUCAUAUAAAUCAGGCUAUAAAUUGAUGAAUAAUACUUUAUAUGGCAUUUCUGAUUACUACUGUUCAUGCCAAAAGUGAUCCAAAUCAUAGCAUCAAUGAUUGUGAUGAUUAAACAUUUAUCAACUCUGUCAGAGUUACUCAGUAUCUGGGAUAGACAGAUCCUUUUUCCAAUAGUUUAUUUUUGCAAUCUAUGUAAUGUGGUGUGCAUCACGGUUUUUGACAUUUUUCGUUAAUACUCAAUUGUUUCCUUAUUCAGUAUUUCUGUUGAGACAGGUCUUCUUUUAUUAUUAAUUGUUUGUUCCAGUUGAAAGCGGUGUUAUAAGCUAAACGACUGUGAGCCGCGACUUUCAAUCUGACGCUUCAUGUUGCAACUUCACAACGCUUUUCUUUAGUGCUAUUUGUCCACGGUAUGUUCAAGGAUUUGCGAAACCUGAACACACCUCUAAUUCCAUUAAUAAACAAAAUCACUUUCGUUGUCUUUAAACUCUAAUAAGCUAAUACGUUUGUUUUGCCAGGGUUUAUUAAGAAUUUACUUUGAUUCUGAUAACCUUUCAAAGGAUUCUUCAAGCCUGUGCACGCUUUACAUUCAUCUUUUUGUCUUCUGAACUCAUAACGAUUUGAGGUAAUGGCUAUCCAAUUUGCACAGAAUGCAAGUCUGACACAUGUGUGCUAUUUAAUAGUAUUAUUUUCUUCUUAAUUUCAUAAAUCCAGCAUUGGCCCACGUGGGUUUUAUCUGCUUAAGAAGUAUUACUAGAAUGAAAAUGAAAUGGAGAUCAUCUCUUUUUAUUGAUGGCAUAAUUAACUGAUGUGCAGAGAAAAGCUUCCUAAUUUCUGCUUGCACUUUUUGAAUUACCAGAAAAUAGAGCUCUUGAAAGAAAGUCGUAACAGAACCUCUGAAAAGACGAGGGAGGCUCCAUCAGAAAUCUAAACUAGGAUCCUUUUAAAAAACAAAGGACAAGGUUGCCUUAGAGUAGAUGGGCGGUAUUUUUACUUCCAUUUUUGUCACCUGGGAAACCAAAACUGAUCGUUUUCAAUAUUUUUCUAGGUUAAUCGUUAAAAGGAUAAAUGUGAGCUUUCAUCUUGAAAUGUUUAUCCUUUAUCAUUUACAACCAUGUUUGAAUUUCACAUUUUUUAUUAAUAGGGUAUCAAAUUCAGUGUUUACGCAGUAGAUGCUUCUGAAAACGAUGAAACCUUAAGGAAUUUACCAAAACUAUUUAGUUCUCAAUUUAGUUCUCAACAAUCUUGAAACCUCUUUCUAUCAUCCAGUUUUUCUUUCUAUUGAAAAGUAGCCAGUUGGUGAUGUGCACGUGCCUUUGACUAAAGUUGCAUGAUAUAAUUAUCUGGUUUUGCUCAUUGGUUGAUUUACGCAGUAAAAUUUAAACAUUGAAGAAGAGUUUCAGAAUUACCGAAAGAUAGUAGAACUUCAAUGGUCUAUGUCCUUUCACAUAGACGUCACAGCGUGAAUCAUAACCAUCAUAUCCGCUUUUUUAACAUAUGGUGGGGAGUGAAUGUUUCUAUCUUGAGUGUUGCUAAGCAGAAUAAGCUAAAGUGGUUACAAAACCUUCAAGCUAUGCUAAUUGUUUCUUCCCUGUUUAUACGAUCCUCUACACAUUCUGCUCUUACUAUCCUUUCACAGCCCCUCUCUCACUUUUCCUUUCCCCGGUGAUUUUGCGUCGGCUCAAAUUCUAUUUGUUCCAUUCUCUAUGCUUUCUAUAUUUUUUUGCACCUAUCUUCGUCCCCCUGUCUCUUUGUUUAAAUCGCAUUACCCUCUAUAUUUGUCCCUGUCUUCGUCGUAGCCAUUUCUAUUUAUUUCUUUCAGUGUACGAGCGUAAUUUCUGGUGUUAUCACGUUAUCAAUAUAUUGACAAUCUUUAGCUUGAGAUGAAUGCACUAUAGCCGGGCAAUCCGAGCUUACGAACUGCAAGGGUCAUUAGGUAACAUAAGUCAAUCCAAAUAUUAACUAUCAUAACGAGUCGCAGUCGGUGAUACUCUUAUCAAAGUCUUUAUGGCUCUUGUUCCAACAUUCGCAGCUCAUGGCUCUCUCAAGUGUUGUGAG